AUGAAUAUCGUUCUGGUAAAGAGCAAAAACUAUAUUGACUUAUUAAGACCUCGUGGCAUCAUCAGCUACGUCAGAAGAAGGAAUUCAUAUGAGGAACCAGAUACAAGUGAGGAAUUUUGGCCUCGGGCAAAAAAACAUAGUAAAAGAAGAAAUCGAAAACGAAAAAAAGAAGGCACUCUCCAGUAUGCAUACGUUGACUUAGAACGUCUUGAAGAUGUUAUCAAAAAAUUUCGACGUCAAAGAGAGCCGCCAAAGAAAACCCUACAUGAUGAACCUGAUCUCAGUUCGAGUGUUGAGGUUUCUCGACCUUCCGUGUCAGCCACACCAGCUCCCAAGAUGAUGUGGUUCUACAGUACUGCGGACGCUUACAACCACAUCAAGAUAGAUGCAGACGCGCCAGAGCUCACGGACCUUCUGCCCGAAGUAAAGGAAGAAGAGGACCAAAAGUUGUGGUUCUAUCAGGGUGACCAUUAUUCAUCGAAGGAGGAUUAGUACGUAUUAAAUAACUUCGCAAAAGACAAAUA